AUGAGUAAAGCAAAUCCUUUAGCUGGCUUGAUAGCUAAUUACGGGGAUUCUGAUGAGGAAUCUGAUGAUGGAAUGCAGGCGCCACCCUUACCACCGGAGCCUGAUACACGGAAAUCUUACCCUGCACCUUUGCCAGGACAUGCGUAUCAAAACAGUGCUGUGAAUUCUUCGGGUGCUGUGCACCCAGCUCCUAUUCCACAUUGCCCAUGGUCAGCAUGCUAUGAUGAGUCAAGUGGCUUCACAUACUACUGGAACCAGCAAACCAAUGCAGUGACAUGGGAAGCUCCUCCGGAAUACCUACUGGCUUUGAAAUUGGCACAGCAGCAACUACAUGUUGCAGGUACAACAGAAGUAUCAGCAGAAGAGUGGCAGCUCUACCAACAAGCGUUGGCUGAGAAACAAAACAUGCAGAACAAUAAAACAGUUGCGAAGUCUUCCGUUACUAAACCUCUUAAGAAAGUUGAGAAGAACAAUAUUGGCGUCAAAGAUACUAGCAAUAAGAAUAGGAAAAGAAGCCACAGUGAUGAUGAGGAAGAAAAAAUAGAACUAAUAACAUCAUAUCACAAUUCGGACUCUGAAUCCAAUGACGAGGGUGAUACUCCAACAAAACCAGUUGUCCCAAAGACUAAAACAAAUGUUCACAAGAAAGCCAAAGUGAAGCCUCUUGAGUAUGGUCCGGCCUUACCUCCUACCAACUACACAGUGCCAAUUGGACCUGAACUGCCUCCGGAAUUAAUGCAAAAUGGAACUAAAUCGCCCAGUGAAAAGGUUGAUAAUGAUGUGGCAAAACAGGAUAAGAAAAAUGAUGAAGACAGCCAAGAUGAAAGUACACUGUUCCUAAAACUUAAAAACAAAGCUAAAAUAUUAGAGAAAUUGGGUGGAGAGUUACCAAAAGACUUACAAAAAAUGAUAAAUGAUGAUCCUAGAUCGGGUAGCAGUACGCCAAAAAGAGAUGAAACCACUAAACCCAGUGCUAACAUUGAUGAUAUGCUAGAAGAAAUUGAGAAAAAGGAAUUGCCUAAGGUCUCUAAAUCAAAGAACAGUGAUGAUGGGAAGUCCAAUGAAGCACUUAGUGCUAAGAACUCUCCUAAAAGAGUAGUCACUCCUCCAGUCGGUGAAAUAAAGCCUCUUUUCCCUAGUGCUAGUGCCAGACAUUUAGAAGACGCUCCUGCAACUCCACCAUCGCUUCCCCCAACUCCUCCACUCAAUGAAAUAGAAAAUGAAGAAGUAAGAGUAGAAGCUACAGAGAAGAAAGGUGUUAACUUGUAUCUAAUGGACAUGGAAGAGAGAAGAGACAACAUUAGCAAGAAGAAGCUAAGAAUAUCAAACUCAGUGUUACCAGACCGCAAAAAGACUGAGGAACCAUCUUACACGACGAAGUAUUCACAAGUCAUUGAAGGUUUCUCUGGAGAGAGAACUGGUCUAGGCUUUACUAAAGAAGAAGAAGGCCGGGAAAGUCCAAAGAAUACAAUUAAUUAUGGCAAUGGUCUGAUGUUUACUAAGGGAGAGACCUUAAAUGAAGACAAGAAAGAUGAGGAUCUAGAUGAUCUGACUGAUCUACUAGAAGCUAAGCUCAAGUACUUAAAUCAAGCGCAGCCGUGUGUACUGACACCGGUGCAGGAGAUGUUGAUACAGAUGCAGACGCUGGUAUCAGCAUUCCGCGCGGGCGCGCUGUCGGUCGCGUACUGGCGGCGCUGGGCAGUGGGCGCGGGCGCGGCGCUGGCGGCGCACGAGGCGCGCGCGGCGCCGCCCGGCUGGACCGCCGCCUUCCAGAGGUCGGAGGGGCGCUACUGCUACAGACGCGAGGCCGACGGACUCGUACAAUGGGAGUACCCGGCCACUACACACACUGACAUGGACAUAUGUACCACGCCGCCGCAUCCUGGGAGUGACGCGAAGGAGGAAAUACCACCACCGUUACCGCCGACUCCACCCCCGGCGUCAGUGCCAUCGCCGCCGUCACUACCGGCCUCGUCGUGGCAGCUGCGGUCGGCGACUCCGCCGCCGCCAGUCCUCACUGGCGCUGCACCGGCGUGGGCUCGGGCCAGGACCCCGCCGCCGCCAUCUUGGAUGGACCCGCCACCACCUGGCUGUGAUGAUAUUCCACCGUUACCUGUUAACUCAGAACCAAAACAAGAGAUCGGCGACGAGUUAGCAUCAUUCUACAGCGACAUAGCGGAGAUAGAGAAGCAGACACCGGCACCACACACGGCCUCCAACUCACCUGAACCUGUGGACAUCAAAGAAAAGUCAAGAGAAAAGGACCGGGAGACACAAAAAGAAAGAGAUAGAGAAAGAGAGCGAGACAAGGAUAAGGAACCUAAAACUGCCAAGAAGAAAUCUAAGGUAAAAAUAUCAGCAUCAGUGGGAUUAAAACACAAAUCGGUAUCGAAUUUAGUAGCGAAAUGGCAACAAGUUGCAGAUGAGAUCCACUCCGACUAA